AUGUCGAACCCGGAGAAAACGGCGCUGUUUGGUGCCCAGCCCGUUGGCUUGGCCUCACACGUUCAAGACUCCUCCCAUUUCGAGCCCGUCGUUAAGUACGCCCAAGUUGAACCUGAUGAUGGUCUGGAAGUCGUGCUGGAUAGUGGGCUCGAGGUAGUGCCUGGCCAGAAAGACUCCGCCAAGUGGAGGAAGACUUGCAGCUACAGACAAACGAAUGUCGCACCUUCACAUGACGAGUUGCUGGAUGAGAAAGCUGCCGCUACCGGUCCGUAUCUCGAUGAAGGCCCGCAGAUUCCCGGGCGACAUGAGUACGAACUGCACGAACUGCCAUCGGCUAGCGAACAGAUAGAUUCCAACCGGAUCUGUGGCUGCAAGCGACGGUACUUCUGGAUCAUUCUAGCGGUAGCCAUCUCGGUUGUUCUGGCCAUCGCCCUUGGCGUCCCUCUCGGGAUCGUUUUUCAAAACAAAUCCCGUUCUGCUAGCUUUAAGCGCGUCUACGAAGUCGACAGCAUUCACACAGUCCCCAUCUUCAAUUACGACCAUAGAUUCAACUACGACCAUAGAUUCACCUACGACCAUAGAUUCACCUACGACCACAGAUUCGCCUACAACCAUAGAUUCACCUACCACCACAGAUUCACAUACGACCACAGAUUCUACGACCACAUUUCUAUUCCGCUGGUCAAACUGGCAAUUUCUUGGGUCUGUGCAGCUUCGCGUGCCACUACGGCUAUUGUCCUCCCGGUCCUUGCGUAUGUACGAAGCACGGCGAUCCCGUGUCACCUCCACCGGCUACGGGCCAGGUAG